UAUGUUUUAGGUUGUUGCAUGUUCGGGCCUUUUGCAUCAAAAAAUCUUAAACUGCAUGCGUAUAGACUAUAGAGUAUAGAUGAAUAUUGUUGCGAAUUUUGUGCCCAACCUACACUUUAGAACCUCUCAGCUUCCCUACUCAUAUGCAAAUUCCAAAGCUCGAAUCGCAGAAGCUAGUUCCAGUCAAAGAAAAGGCAGUGCUAAGAUCUAAUAGGAGAACAGUGAAGAAAUGAGUGAGAAUAAGAGCGAGAGUGAAGAUGGGAAGUUAUAUUCAUCAGUAAACUCUGAAUUGGAUUUGUAUCGACCUAACCUUGAAGAUUAUCUCUCUUCUGAAUCCCUCCCUGAACCUCAUGGCAAGCUUCGUUUGAGGGACUUAAUUGAUAUUUCUCCUGCUCUUACUGAGGCGGCUGGUGCCAUUGUUGAUGAUUCUUUUACGCGUUGCUUUAAAUCAAAUCCUCCAGAGCCCUGGAACUGGAAUAUCUAUCUAUUUCCUCUGUGGUGUUGUGGAGUUGUUGUUAGAUACUUGAUCAUUUUCCCAAUAAGGGUCUUAGUUCUGACGAUAGGGUGGAUUGUGUUCCUCUCCCUCUACAUGCCAGUUCAUUUCUUACUGAAAGGACAGGAUUCACUGAGGAAAAAGUUAGAGGUUUUUGUGGCCAACCACACCUCCAUGAUUGAUUUUAUUAUUUUGGAACAAAUGACUGCAUUUGCCUGAUUCUAUAUAGAGAUAAAUGAAAAGUGGGAUCCAUGUGAUAGGAGAGAGAUAUAGAGACGAUAUUACCAAAUAAAGGAAUGUUGUAGUUAAUGUGAAACUUACAAAUAAGGGAAUCGUUGCAAUUAAAGAACGGAGGAAGAAUAUGGCAACUCUUGUUUUUGGUUUAUCUUCGUUUAAGAACAAAAAGUCAUGUUGUAUUUAGAAGGCUCCCCGGUAAGGAUGGAAAUGGGUGAUGGAUGAUCCAUCACCCGCUUAACCCGGUAUUUUAAAUGGAUGAAAACCCGAAUUUAAAUGGAUGGAAAGUGGGUGGUGGGUGAGAAUUUUUUCAUCCGUCACCCGAUCCAUCACCCGUUUAACAUCCAACUCAUUACCCAAUUAUUAAGUAUUACAUGUAAAUUACUUAUAUUUUAUAUUUUUGAUAUAAUUAUUUUAUAUUAUGUCAUUGAUUUCUUUUAAAAAUAUACUAAAUAUCAUCACCCGUUUAGCACCCGACCCAUCCGUUUCACCCGAUGGUUGACGGAUGGAUGGAUGCGGGUGGAGUAAACAAUUGCGGGUGGUGGAUGCGGGUGAUGUUCCACCCGCCCCGAAUCCGAUCCAUUUCCAUCCCUACUCCCCGGUUUCUUUAUUGUGAAUGCUUUUUGCAACCACAAACUUUGGAGAAAUGUCCAUAUAUGUAUAAUCUAACCUGUUUCAAGUACCAUGCCUUGUUGGAGCAAAGGUAUGGGAAAAAAUAUAUGGCAAAAGUGAAAAUUGGAAGAUAUUCCAUAUUUUAUCUGAAUCCUUUUGUCCAAUUUUUUUAUUGUGCUUGUUACAUGAGAAGCAAGCAAAUUUUGAUCUUAAAAAAACCGUCCUGAAUAUUGUUGCCAGCUGCCGAUACUUGUUUUGUGGUAUAUGAAAGCUAGACGUCUUUGGUUGUCUGGUUAUCUUAAUCUUAGGGGAAUAUGCUUCAUAUAU